CAACUGCUGAAAAUGGUUCCCUAGGACUUUGCAAACGGAUCUGCUUAAGUGUUGGUGCAAAACUUUGUAGAUAUCGGCUCUGGCUUGCUCUAUUUAUUUAUUUUUUGGUUUCUUUUCUUGUCUUCCCUCCUUCCCCCCCUCCGCCAAAAUGCAGGGGGCAGGAGUGUUGACAAUUAAUUGGUGAACUCUCCUAAAAAAAUGGAGGCAGAGAAAGACUCUGGAAGAAGAUUGCGUGCGAUUGACCGCCAGAGAUACGACGAAAACGAGGACUUGUCGGACGUGGAGGAAAUCGUCAGCGUCCGUGGCUUCAGCCUGGAGGAGAAGCUACGUAGCCAGCUGUACCAGGGGGACUUCGUGCAUGCCAUGGAGGGCAAAGAUUUUAACUAUGAGUACGUACAGAGAGAAGCUCUCAGGGUUCCCCUGGUUUUUCGGGACAAGGAUGGACUAGGAAUCAAGAUGCCAGACCCAGAUUUCACAGUCAGAGACGUCAAACUCCUCGUGGGGAGUCGCCGGUUGGUGGAUGUGAUGGACGUGAAUACCCAGAAGGGUACCGAGAUGAGCAUGUCCCAGUUCGUGCGUUACUACGAGACGCCAGAGGCCCAGCGGGACAAACUGUACAAUGUCAUCAGCCUCGAGUUCAGCCACACGAAGCUGGAGCACCUUGUCAAGCGCCCCACUGUGGUGGACCUGGUGGACUGGGUGGACAACAUGUGGCCCCAGCACCUCAAGGAAAAGCAGACGGAAGCCACAAAUGCCCUUUCAGAGAUGAAAUACCCCAAAGUAAAGAAGUACUGUCUGAUGAGCGUGAAGGGUUGUUUCACUGAUUUCCACAUUGACUUUGGAGGCACCUCUGUGUGGUACCAUGUUUUCCGUGGUGGGAAGAUCUUCUGGCUGAUCCCUCCAACCCUGCACAACUUGGCCGUGUAUGAGGAGUGGGUGCUGUCCGGCAAACAGAGUGACAUCUUCCUGGGAGACCGCGUGGAACGAUGCCAAAGGAUUGAGCUGAAGCAAGGCUACACGUUUUUCAUCCCUUCUGGUUGGAUCCAUGCGGUGUAUACCCCUGUGGACUCUCUGGUGUUCGGCGGGAACAUCCUGCACAGCUUCAACGUGCCCAUGCAGCUGCGGAUCUACGAGAUUGAGGACAGAACCCGGGUUCAGCCCAAGUUCCGCUACCCCUUCUACUAUGAGAUGUGCUGGUAUGUCUUGGAGAGAUACGUGUACUGUGUGACCCAGCGCUCCUACCUCACUCAGGAAUACCAGAGAGAAUUAAUGCUUAUUGAUGCCCCAAGAAAAGCCAGUGUAGACGGCUUCUCAUCGGAUUCCUGGCUGGAGAUGGAGGAGGAGUCCUGUGAGCAGCAGCCCCAGGAGGAGGAGGAGGAGAAGGAGGAGGAGGGGGAUGGUGCAGAGAAGACACCCAAGCUGCCCUCCGAUGGCCCCACCUCCCCCACCAGCACCCCCUCGGAGGAGCAGGAGAACACAGGGAAGAAACCCAAAGCCCCCGCCAUGCGCUUCCUCAAGAGGACUUUGUCCAACGAGUCGGAGGAAAGUGUCAAGUCCACAACGACGCCCGUAGACUACCCCAAGACACCCACGGGCUCCCCUUCCACUGAGGUCUCUACCAGGUGGACCCACCUGACCGAAUUUGAACUGAAGGGCCUGAAAGCCUUGGUGGAAAAACUAGAGUCUCUUCCGGAGAAUAAGAAGUGUGUCCCCGAAGGCAUCGAGGACCCCCAGGCCCUCCUGGAAGGUGUAAAGAAUGUACUGAAGGAACAUGUGGAUGAUGACCCCAGCCUGGCCAUCACGGGGGUCCCCGUGGUCAGUUGGCCCAAGAAGACUCCAAAGAACCGGGUGGUGGGCCGGCCUAAGGGCAAGCUGGGCCCGGCCUCAGCAGUGAAGUUGGCCGCCAACCGGACAACAGCAGGGGCUCGCCGGCGCCGGACGCGAUGCCGCAAGUGCGAGGCCUGCCUGCGGACCGAGUGUGGAGAGUGCCACUUCUGCAAGGACAUGAAGAAGUUUGGGGGCCCCGGACGCAUGAAGCAGAGCUGCAUCAUGCGGCAGUGCAUCGCGCCAGUGCUGCCCCACACCGCCGUGUGCCUUGUGUGUGGCGAGGCAGGGAAGGAGGACACAGUGGAAGAGGAAGAAGGCAAGUUUAACCUCAUGCUCAUGGAGUGCUCCAUCUGCAACGAGAUCAUCCACCCUGGGUGCCUGAAGAUUAAGGAAUCAGAGGGUGUGGUCAACGAUGAGCUUCCCAACUGCUGGGAGUGUCCAAAGUGUAACCAUGCUGGCAAGACCGGGAAACAAAAGCGUGGCCCUGGCUUUAAGUAUGCCUCCAACCUGCCCGGCUCCCUGCUCAAGGAGCAGAAGAUGAACCGGGACAACAAGGAAGGGCAGGAGCCUGCCAAGCGGAGGAGUGAGUGUGAAGAGGCUCCCCGACGCAGGUCGGACGAGCACCCCAAGAAGGUGCCCGCAGAUAGCAUCCUACGCCGGAAGUCUGAUGAUGUGCACCUAAGGAGGAAGCGGAAAUAUGAGAAGCCCCAAGAGCUGAGUGGGCGCAAGCGAGCCUCGACGCUUCAAACGUCCCCCGGUUCCUCUCACUUCUCGCCGAGGCCCCCUCUAGGCAGCAGUCUCAGCCCUUGGUGGAGAUCCAGUCUCACUUACUUCCAGCAGCAGCUAAAACCUGGCAAAGAAGAUAAACUUUUCAGGAAAAAGCGGCGGUCCUGGAAGAACGCUGAGGAUCGGUUGGCACUGGCCAACAAACCCCUUCGGCGCUUCAAGCAGGAACCAGAGGACGAUCUGCCUGAGGCACCUCCUAAGACCCGGGAGAGUGACCAGUCCCGUUCCAGCUCACCCACCGCUGGGCCCAGUACUGAAGGGGCUGAAGGCCCAGAAGAGAAGAAAAAGGUGAAGAUGCGCCGGAAACGGCGGCUUCCCAACAAGGAGCUGAGCAAAGAGCUAAGCAAGGAGCUCAACCACGAGAUCCAAAAGACAGAGAGUACCUUGGCCCACGAGAACCACCAGCCCAUCAAGUCGGAGCCCGAGAGUGAGAACGAGGAGCCAAAGAGGCCCCUGAGCCACUGCGAGCGCCCCCACCGCUUCAGCAAGGGGCUCAACGGCACCCCUCGGGAGCUGCGGCACCCACUGGGACCUGGACUGCGCAGCCCACCUCGUGUUAUCUCCCGGCCCCCAUCCUCUGCGUCCCCACCUAAGUGCAUCCAGAUGGAGCGUCAUGUGAUCCGGCCGCCACCCAUCAGCCCCCCACCUGACUCGCUGCCCCUUGAUGAUGGAGCAGCCCAUGUCAUGCACAGGGAGGUGUGGAUGGCAGUCUUCAGCUACCUCAGCCACCAAGACCUGUGUGUCUGCAUGCGGGUCUGCAGAACCUGGAACCGCUGGUGCUGCGAUAAGCGGUUGUGGACCCGCAUUGACCUGAACCACUGCAAGUCCAUCACGCCCCUGAUGCUGAGUGGCAUCAUCCGGCGACAGCCUGUCUCCCUUGACCUCAGCUGGACCAAUAUCUCCAAGAAGCAGCUGAGUUGGCUCAUCAACCGGUUGCCUGGGCUCCGAGACUUGGUGCUGUCAGGCUGCUCAUGGAUUGCUGUCUCAGCCCUCUGUAGCUCCAGUUGUCCAUUGCUCCGGACCCUGGAUGUCCAGUGGGUAGAAGGACUGAAGGAUGCCCAGAUGCGGGAUCUCCUGUCCCCACCCACGGACAACAGGCCAGGUCAGAUGGACAAUCGGAGCAAGCUCCGGAACAUUGUAGAACUGCGCCUAGCUGGCCUGGACAUCACAGAUGCCUCCCUGCGGCUCAUUAUCCGCCAUAUGCCCCUGCUCUCCAAGCUCCACCUCAGUUACUGUAACCACGUCACUGAUCAGUCCAUCAACCUGCUCACUGCAGUCGGCACUACCACCCGAGACUCUCUGACAGAGAUCAACCUAUCAGACUGCAAUAAGGUCACUGACCAGUGCCUGUCCUUCUUCAAACGCUGUGGAAAUAUCUGUCAUAUUGACCUGAGGUACUGCAAGCAAGUCACCAAGGAAGGCUGUGAGCAGUUCAUAGCCGAAAUGUCUGUGAGUGUUCAGUUUGGGCAAGUGGAAGAGAAACUCCUGCAGAAACUAAGUUAGUUCCAGGACAAGGAUGUAAAUAAUGGAGGGUUGGGGGACACAGCCAGGGAGGGGAGAAGACUGCAAAAAACAAGUGGGCUUCUAUUUCCCUUUGGAAUUUGGAACAAGAGACCACGGGACACAGUUCUGUUUCUCGAGUCUUGCCAAGGGAGAAGCCGUUCAACUACCCAUUUGGGGAUGAGUGAGCCAGAAGUUUUCCUUUGCUCCUUCUGCAUCGUAACUGCACUGCUUUCUGGACCAUUCUAAGGCGGCCUUUAGAAGACAUUCCAGUUGGAAAAGAAGAUGAGCUUUGGAGAAAUCCUCUUAGAAGCCUGAGCUUAGUGUUUUUGUUGGUAGUUUGUUUGGGGCAACCUGUUCCUUGCAAUGCCAAGGCUUCCAGUGUCAACAUAGAGUGGACCACACACACCAUCUGCAGCCGUCUUGACACAUUUUGUUUAGUUGGUUUUGUUACAUCUUACAUUAUGCAGAACUAUUUUUGUAUAAAUUGUUUAAAAAUUAUUUAUGCAAGAUU